AUGAUUCCUGUUUUGCGCUCGAUUGAUGGCCUUCUCAAUCGUUUUGAUGAAUUAUCACAACAUCAUGCUAGUUUUAUAUCAGAUUUUGAGAAAAAUAUUACUGAUAUUGAAAAUCCCUUACGUGAUGUUACACGUGAUGAAGAAGAACAACGAAAAACUGCUGAAAGUUUAUUAACGACAUCAACAGAAAAUUUUGAUCAAACAGGAUCAUUCGGAAAUGUAGAAGAUUUUAAUCGACGUAUAACAAAAAGUCGAACUCAUAAUCGACCACCAAGUUAUUCAUCAAAUGAUACUAAUUCAUUUUAUAAUCGUGUUCCAUCAAGAAGUUCUUUGGCAACAACAGAAUCAGCUCCACCUCCACGCACGUCAACAUUAACAACAAGACCAGUAAUAGGCAAAACAAGUACCUCUCAAUCAGUAAUAUCGACUUCAAUUCAGAAUCUUAACCAACCAAAGGUUCGAUUAACAACUAAGAUUAAACCAAAAAUUAUACCCGAAAGUCUACCUACAACACGUCAAUAUCCUCGUAGUCCAAUCACAACAUUUACUAUGGAAACUGCUAUUCGACUUUCAAGACCUAAAACAUGUGAUCACUCACUUGAUCAAAGAGUAUCAUCAAAACGUGUUCAUCGACGACUAAAAUCUAAUCAAAAUACAAAGAAUGAAGCAUCGGAGUCAUCAGUUAUAUCGGUUUCAUUAGCUUCAUCAUUGAAAUCAUCACCAAACAAGCGAAUAAAUCCAACAACAAUAAAGACAUCUUCGAAAAAGCUUAAAGCAGAUAAUAGAUUUGCAACAGACAAUUCGAAAAGAAUUCCAAUGAGCAACUAUCCUCGGCCAGCUAUUGUUCUUGUACCCCCACCUACAGUAUACCUUACUUUUCCUAUGCAACCAGAAUUACGAUCAUCUCGAGUUGUUGUUUUACCGAAAGCAACAACCACAAAAAAACCAAUUAAUAUUUCUACUAAAAAUAGAUCCGUAAUACCGCCGAUGCGAUUGAUACAAUUAAUGACAUGA